ACAUUAAAGGAAAAGAAAACUAAAUUUCAGCGCAUUUUUUUAUUACAAUUAAAUUAUUACAAAACCUAAAUCGAAUUUAAAGUUACCUUCCUGAACUAUCAGUAUGGAAGGGAAAACAGAUUUUAGUCGACCAGAUUUUGAUAGGAUUGGCCUUUUCAAGGAGAUGAGUUAUUUAGAAGGACCCGCACAGAUUCCACCAAUUUCUGAUAUCAUGAGUAGAGCUCCACCAAAGGGGAAACAGAUGUCGACAAGUAGCACAAAAUCAAAAAAUGGAACACAAUCCGGAUAUUUCGACAAAGAGUUUCUGAGAGUAUUCGAAGGAGAAGGUUAUGCAGACCCAAUUCGCAAUCGGAGGCUACAAAGAUUGGAAAAAGCGAAAUUGAAUAUUGGACCUGCGUUCAAAUCAACCUCACCAACAAAAACGCAAAAUGGCAAAGGAACGAACUAUGGAACAUUCCAAGGCAAAACAUUGGAAUAUUUUAGCUCUCAUCCAAGAGAAGUAGAGAAGGGUUCACCGCCAAAAAAGAAUUUUUAUACAAAUCCUCCAAAGAAAGGAACUGGAUAUGGUUACCCGAAUGUGACGAUAGGAAAAGUUCCUCCAUAUUUUCUUGAGGGUGAAUACGAAGAAUUAAAAGAAAAACCGGAAGAGCCAGAGAAACCUGAACCCCAAGAGUUUGAACCUUACAAAGUUGGUAUUUUCCAACAAGGAUACUUUGAUCCGAAUCCAUUCCGUACAGAUGAAGAGGUUGAGUUGCCUGAAGAGGAAGAGACAGAAACUUUCGAAAUCGAGAAACCAUUCUUGCCCACUGGCCCAGCAAAAAAGGAUGGCGGAAUGAAAGCCGGUUGUUUGAACAAAUUUCCUGAAUAUGUUGGUGAUCCAUAUGCUAAAAUGGGUGAGAGAAGUUUGAGAGGAGUAAAAAACUAUGUUAAUGCUGAGAAUAAAAUGUUUCGAUAUGUACCAGGACCUAAGCCUUAUCCUAUAAAAUCUAUCAUAACGAAAAACGUUGAAAGGAGAGUAACACCUGCAAAUUUCACAACCAUAAAAGGAGUAGUCUAUUGUCAAAACAAAACUUCUCAUUCCAUAAAGAAUUAAGUAUUUAAACUUCAUGAAAA